AUGGCAAAAAAGGUUCAUUAUGGGAAAGCUGGUGGGCAGUUUGUAGAUGAGGUUGAACCAAAUGGUACCCCAGAAGGAGUCAUUGAAGAUGUUAUAGAUAACUCCAUGGCAAGCAUUGAAAAUGAAAAGAGCAAGAGGAAAAGAAAGCUUAAGGAGAAGUUGAUUGAGGAACACAAGGAAAAAAUAACCAGAAAGAAGAAAAAAAGACUUGAUAAAUAUAUCGAACAUCAAAUGAAGAGAGAAGAAAAGGAAAUUCUUUUGAAAAAACUUGAAGAAACCAAGAUCGAUACCAGCAUCUUAAAAUCAGCCAAACUUAUAGGUUCUGGUGAUCGGAAAACCAAAAAAGAGAAAAUAAUAGAGGCUAUGGAGCUGGAAAGACUUGGUAAGUCUACAGAUGAGACAAAGGAGUUGUUAUAUGAGCAGAGAGAAGUGAAAAAUUGGUCAGAUCUGUUACAAGAAGAUCAAAAUAUUGAAGGUGAACCGGCCAAUGAGGAAUUCAAAAGCACGUCAACGACAAGUUCAGGUUUUAUAGAUUUUAGACCUGCACAGCCAUUCUCAGGAAUGGGCACUGGAUUUGGUUUUAGCAAUAUUGAAAAAGUAGUGAAAAAGAAAAAGAAGAAAAACUACUCCUGGAGAAAUAAAAUCGAAGAAGAAACUAGCAAGAGAAAAACUGAAGAGGACGAAAUGGACUUUGAAAGUGACAGCUCAGAUGAAGAACUAGAAGCCCAAAGUGGAGCUGAAAGUGAAGAUAUAGAUGUCAAUGAAGAGCCUUCAAAGGAUGGCAAGAUCGAAAAUGUUACGGAUGAAAAAAGUGACACUGAUAGUGACAGCGAUGGGGUAGAAGAAGAAAAUAAUAGUAGUGUUGACGGAGAUGAUAAUGAUGACGAUGAUGGUGAAGAUGAGGAGAGUGAAGAUGAUGGUGAAGAUGAGGAGAGUAAAGAUGAUGGUGAAGAUGAGGAGAGUGAAGAUGAUGUUGAAGUGGAGGUUAACAUCAAAAAAGAACAUACAAAAAAAGCUCUUGAUUUCAAGGAGUGGGCAGAAGAACAGGUCCGUAAACUUGAGGGAAGAGAGGCUUUUUCUGCUCCGCAAGGUCCACAGAUGAAUUACAAGGCUAUUGUUCGUGAGGAAGAUCUCGAUGAUGGUUUGAAGGAAGAUUUCGUCCCAAUUAAUGAAAACCUUAAGAGAAAGAUUGUCACUGUCAAUGUUGUCAGAGAUGCAAGUAUCCAGGAAGCUAGAUCAAAACUACCUGUUUAUGCAGAAGAAAGUAGAAUUAUGGAAGCAAUCCAUCACAAUGACUGUGUUAUUAUAUGUGGUGAAACCGGUUCUGGUAAAACCACCCAAGUUCCUCAGUUUUUGUUUGAAUCUGGUUAUGGUGUUUCUGAUUCUGAUACUCCCGGUAUGGUUGGUAUCACCCAACCUAGAAGGGUUGCUGCUGUUUCUAUGGCUAAAAGAGUGUCUACUGAGUUAGGAAACUAUUCUGAUAGGGUUGGUUAUCAAAUCAGGUUCGACGCUAAGGUGAAAGAAGAUACUUCUCUGAAAUUCAUGACCGAUGGUGUUUUAUUGAGAGAAAUGAUGACAGAUUUCCUAUUGAUGAAAUAUUCAGCUUUGGUCAUUGAUGAGGCUCACGAAAGAAAUAUAAAUACCGAUAUCCUUAUUGGUAUGUUAAGUAGGGUCUUAAAAUUAAGAAGGGAGUAUCACGAAAAGCAACCUUCAAAAUACUAUCCAUUAAAAUUAAUUAUAAUGUCGGCAACAUUACGAGUAAGUGAUUUCAGUGAAAACAAGGUUUUAUUUGAUACCUCCCCUCCCAUCCUCCAAGUCGAUGCAAGACAGUAUCCUGUUUCAGUUCACUUCAACAGACGCACGAGUUACAAUUAUACUGAAGAGGCGUUCAGAAAAACUUGUAAAAUCCACAGAAAACUGCCUAAGGGCGCAAUAUUGGUCUUUAUGACAGGUAAGGCAGAAAUCGUAUCUUUAGUGAAAAAACUAGAGAAGGAAUUUCCCUUUAAGAAUAACAAGUCAAAAGAAUUGCCUCUAUCAGAGAAAGAUGAGUUAAUCGAUGUUAAGGUUGACGUUAAUAAUGCAGAUAUUGAAGCGGAAGAAAUUGAUUUUGAUGUCAACGAAAUGGAUAUAAAGGAAGAUUACAAUGAGGCUGAUGAUGAAGAUGAUUCUGAAGAAGAAGAAGGGUUCGAGGAGGAACUUGAAGAGGACCAAACUGCAGAUGAUCCAUUGUACGUUUUACCGCUAUAUUCCUUACUUCCAACAAGUGAACAAAUGAAAAUCUUUGAAGAUCCACCAAAGGGGUCAAGAUUAUGUGUUGUGGCAACAAAUGUGGCGGAAACAUCUUUGACUAUUCCUAAUGUGAGGUAUGUGGUGGAUUGUGGUAGGGCAAAGGAAAGAAAGUACGAUGAAGAAAGUGGUGUGCAAUCCUUUGAAAUUGGCUGGAUAUCGAAAGCUAGUGCAGACCAAAGAGCGGGUAGAGCGGGUAGAACUGGACCAGGACAUUGUUACAGGUUAUAUUCUUCAGCUAUUUAUGAAAGUGAAUUCCCACAGUUUUCCAAACCUGAGAUAUUAAGGAUGCCCGUAGAAGGUGUUGUUCUCAAUAUGAAAAGUAUGGGCAUUCAAACAGUUUCGAAUUUCCCAUUCCCUACUGCACCUAAUAGACAAACGCUGAAAACUGCAGAAAAGCUGUUACAAUAUCUCGGUGCCUUGGAUAAGGAAAAAUCACAGAUCACCGCAAUGGGAAAAAGGAUGAGUUUAUUCCCAUUAAGUCCUAGGUUCUCCAAAAUACUCCUAAUCGCCAACCAGGAAGGGUGCUUGCCAUAUGUUAUAGCUUUGGUUUCUGGAAUGUCAGUUGGUGAUCCAUUCCUUACUGAAUACGACAUUGGUAUCCAAAUCAACGAGACAGAAGAAAAGAAUUAUAUUAAUGAGAGUAGUGCUGAAACGAGAGAUGAUUAUCAAGAAUCAGAACAACAAAUGAGCCAAAAGGAUAUAGAGAAAAGAAGGAAAUUGAGACAUAAGUUCAACAAAUCCAAUGAGAUGUUUUCCAAACUAGAUAGGUUCAGUGAUAGUCUGAAGCUUCUAUCUGCAAUUUGUGCUAGUGAUCAUAUUCCAAGGAAGAAAAGGUCACAAUUUUAUCAAGAUCAUUUCCUCAGAGAAAAGCAGAUGACAGAAAUUGAGAAACUCAGGAAACAAUUGACUUAUAUUGUCAAACUGCACACAUCGAAGGAAAGUAUUGCAGUUUCCAAUAAAGUCUCUGACGAAGAAUUGAGGUUGCCAAAGCCAAACAAGAAGCAAGUCCAAGCCAUCAAACAAAUGCUCGCUGCUGGUUUUAUUGACCAAAUUGCGUUUAGAUUGGACCUUAUUGACAAGGACGUCAAGCUGGGUAACAAUACCAAGAUCAUGAAUGUCCCCUACCUUUCCCCUGCUUUUAUCCAGAAUUCUAGACAAGACGAAUCCCAUAUAUUUAUUCAUCCUAAUAGUAUCAUUUUGAAGAGUGGUAAAGCUCCUGAGUACCUCGUAUAUUCUCAUCUACAAAGGAGUUCUGGUAAGUCUGACAAGGUCAGGUUACAUCCACUCAACGAUAUUACACCAACUGCGCUUGCCAACGUCGGCAAGGGAACGGGGUUGAUUACAUACUCAAAGCCACUUGGUCUUCCUAUUACCACGCUUGAUGACAAGGGUGUCGAGACACGUGAGUGCCACGUUGUUCCUCGGUACGGUGCCGUUCUCUUGUCCACUGGAGGUGUUGAUCUAGCACCACAGAAGGUCACCCAGAAAAAGAUAGCUGGCGCGUGGGAAGUUGUUUGA